AUGAAGGUACAAUAUCACAUUUUAUUCUUUGCUUUCCUUUUAUCGGAUGACGUUUAUUGUUUCAAAAAUAGUUAUGAAGAUGUGAAGGAUUCCUCUUGGAUGUUAAAGAAAAGCAUAGGGUGGGAUAAUCCAAAUGGUAUUGGGAAAAGAGAGCCUAAUGAUGAGGACAAUAACAACGGCAACAUUGUAAGAUCAAAUGGAAAAUAUGAAAAAGAAGAAAUUCUUCCAUCGAUUAUUAACGCUGGAAAACGUUUCUUUUCUUUGAAAGACAAAGAAAUUCCAAUAGGUGUCGAAGAUAUAAGUAAUAAAGUUCAAGAAAUAAAAGAUGGAGUAAUUAAAAAUUCAUCUAACAUAGCUAAACAAGCAAAUAAAUUCAAUGAUGAUUUAAAAAAAAAUACCAAAUACUGGGCUGAUGUAGUAAAAACAACUGUCAGUGAAGAACUACAUCAGAUAGAUAAAUAUAGUAAAGAACAAUUGAACAAAUUAAAGAAUGAUCCUGAAAAUAAAUUCUUCUUUACAAAAUUGAUAAAUUUUGGAACAUCAGGUGAUGAUGAAGGCGAUUAUAAGGGAGAAGAACCAAAAAAUGAAAAGCAUCGCGAUGAUUACAAAGAUGCGGAAACUUCCAGUGAUAAUAAUAAUUUCCAUUCUGAAGAGACAGAGAAAGGAAAACCAUUUUGGAAUUUUUUACACUUCAAAGGAAUAGAAUCCGUAGGAUCAUCAUCAUCUAAAGAACAUAAUUCCUCAAAAGCAAAUGAAUCUAGUAGUCCCUUCUUUCAUCUUUUCAAAAAUGAAACUAAGCAGUCUAGUCAUCCAACCAAUGACACUAACAAAACCUACUCCUGGUUUACUGAAUACAUUUCUGAAAAUGCAAAUGAGCAGAAAAGGAAAAGUGAUGCCAAAGAAAAUGAGGGAAAAAAAAAAGAUUCUCUCUUUUCAUUCUUUUCAUCCAAAACAAACGAUGAAAACUCGACAAGGGGGUCCGAGAUGCAGGAUGAUGGAACAAAACGAGAUCUUCAAAAUGGGCAAUCAGAGAAAAAUUCAGGAUUUCAAUUUAACCUGUUCAAAUGGAAUAAAGUAAAUAACGACAUUGCGUCGGAUCAGGAGGCGGGGAAAAACUCAGAAAUGGAAGAAGUUGGAAAAGUUGGACAAAUUGGACAAAUUGGAAAUAUUGGGGAAGCUGGAAAAGUUGAAGAAAAUGGAGAAGCAGGAAACUCAGGGGACAGCAUCUUGCACUGGUUUAAAACGUCAAAUAAAGAAAAUCAACAUGACCAAAGAGCGAAAAAUGAGAAAGGCGGAGAUAAUUAUGGGAAUAAUGAUCAGUUAGAAGUGCAAGACUCUUCAGAAAUGUCACUUAAUGUAGAAAAAAAAAAAAAAAAAAAAAAAGAGGAUAAUUGGAACAUGUUUUCUCUCGUAGACAUGUGGAAAUCUGAAACAGACAAGAACGAACAUCAAGAUGGAGUAGUGGAAACCAGUGCAGGAAGUGUGACAUGUCAAAAGGGCAACGGGUGCGUUUUUAAUGGUACAGAAAUAGGGAAGAAUGACAAAGAAAACAAUGACUCUGGGAAGAAUGACAAAGAAAACAAUGACUCUGGGAAGAAUGACAAAGAAAACAAUGACUCUGGGAAGAAUGACAAAGAAAACAAUGACAUUGGGAAGGAUGACAAAGAAAACAAUGACAUUGGGAAGGAUGACAAAGGAGGGAAUCCUUUUUUUAGCUCGUUUGGAUUCUUUAAUCAUGAUAAAGAACAGACCAAGGAAGAUGGAGAAAAUGUCGCCCAAUCGGAAUUUAACAAAUCGAAGAAAAAUGCAGACAGUUCAAACAAACAGCUAAUCGAUCUUGUAAAAAAUUACUAUCAUGUGAAGAAAAACGAGGAUGAAGAAAAUAUGCUUUCACUCUUACAAACAGAACAUGAGCAUGAUUCCAAUAUUAACUGUCAUCCCUUGAUUGCAUUUAAAUCUUGUCUAAGCAAUUGCUUUAACAGGUCAUCAUCGAAUGAUAGCAGUAAUAUCAAUGAGUAUAAUAAUAAAAAAUCUUUGUCUAUUGGUGAUUAUAAAAAUUUAGAAAAAUGCAUCUUGAAAUGUAAAAAUUCUAACCUCAAUGGAUUAAAUGGAGGCAUGGGAUGUGUGCAAAAGGAUGGUGUAGUGAAAAUAAAUAAAAAACAAAAUUAUAAAGACAAAUUGGAACACCUAGAAAAAAAUAACUACACCUUAGAUGCAGCAAACUCCUUUGUAUUUUCUGAUUUUACAUUGCAUGAUAGAUAUGCCUCUGAGGAAAAUAAACAUCUAACUAACAAUGAUAACGAUGAUUCUCCCAAAUCAGAUUCGAAAUGGUCAUUUUUUUCAGAAAAUUUGCUUGGAAAUGAGGAUAACACGAAGGAUCCGGAUCAGAAUCAGAACCCGGAGAUGAAGAUGAAAAAAAAAAAAAAAAAACACGAUUCCCACAAUUUAUUCGAAUUGCCAAAUGAUAAACUAGGAACGCAUUUGAAUGACAUGGAUGUUAUAAAAAACAACUUAGGGCAUGUCUUGAAAAAAGAAUCGCCUCAACAAAAAAUCAACAAUGUUGAGGAAAAUUCUUUCAGUUUUUUUAAAACUCUUACAUCACAAAUGGAUUAUUCUACAUCUGAAGGUUCUAACAUUUUCAAUGCAUUGAAUCCGUUGGAUAUAUUGCACAAUGGCAAAGGGGAUCAAAGUGGAGAAGCUCCUACUUCAUAUCAGAAAGGAAACAAUGAACACGGCGUUGAAAAUGCUUCCACUAUUGGUGCUUCUAAAGAUGAAGAAGAAGAAGAAGAAGAUGAUGAUGAUGAUGACUCAAGCAGUUACAACCAUGUAUCAAAAGGAUUUUUCCUUUUCCUAUUAUUGAUUAGCUUUUCUAUUUACCUUUCUGCCUUCACCAAUAUAAUUAGCCAAUUUUAUGUUUCAUUUAAGGAAAAAAUAUGUUUAUAUAUUAAUGAACAAUACAAGAGCCGCUUCAACCACGUACAUGGUGAAUCAGCUGAGGCCUUCUUACCCAAGAGCCCAUAUCACAAUUACAGCAAUGUGCAUAAUUCUUAUGAUAACAUGUAUCAUCCAUUUCAAUCGAAUGCAUAUGAUAUUGCAUGA